UGUUUUUUGAUACAUUUUUUUAUGGAGUCACAAGACUUCUGAUUUAAGGAACUAAUCAUCAUGUCUGACCCUGUUAUUCUGCGCAGCAUCAAGAGAGUGGGAGAGGAUAACUAUGCUUUUGACCCAGAUGGCCGAUAUAACGGCUUCAAGAAACCAGAGUCAUCAAAAAAGAAGGAUAACAGUGCUCGUGUUGGCUUCUUUCAGCUGUUUCAAUUUUCUUCAUCUAUGGAAAUUUUAAUGAUGACUGUGGGUGGCUUCUGUGCUGUUCUUCAUGGAGCAGCCCAGCCAGGCAUGUUGCUUGUGUUUGGCGCAAUGGCAGACACGUUUAUUGAAUAUGAUAUCGAAAUGCAAGAGCUUAAAGACCCGAACAAGACAUGUGUAAAUAAUACCAUAGUGUGGAUCGAUGGUACUACUCAUCAAAAUGAAAGAAAUGCCACAAUAAGAUGCGGGCUGCUGGACAUUGAACAAGAAAUGACCAAGUUUGCAGGUUACUAUGCAGGAAUUGGUUGUGCAGUACUCGUGUUAGGAUACCUCCAAAUCUGUUUUUGGGUUAUGGCUGCAGCUCGUCAGAUACAGAAAAUCAGGAAAGCUUAUUUCAGGAAAGUAAUGAGAAUGGAUAUAGGCUGGUUUGACUGUACAUCUGUAGGAGAAUUGAACACUCGCAUUUCUGAUGACAUUAACAAAAUUAAUGAGGCUAUAGCUGAUCAAGUAGCAGUUUUUAUCCAGCGCUUUACUACCUUUGUGAGUGGAUUCCUGCUUGGAUUUGUCAGUGGCUGGAAGCUGACUUUGGUUAUCAUUGCAGUGAGUCCACUAAUUGGGAUUGGAGCAGCUGUCUAUGGCUUGGCUGUGGCAAAACUGACAGGCCGAGAAUUAAAGGCUUACGCAAAAGCUGGGGCUGUGGCUGAUGAAGUACUCUCAUCCAUCAGAACAGUGGUUGCUUUUGGUGGGGAAAAGAAAGAAGUUGAAAGAUAUGAUAGGAACCUGGUGUUUGCUCAGCACUGGGGAAUUCGAAAAGGGAUAAUAAUGGGAAUAUUCAGUGGUUACAUGUGGCUUGUAAUUUUCCUGUGUUAUGCCUUAGCUUUUUGGUAUGGAUCUAAACUUGUCCUAGAAGAGGAGGAAUAUUCACCUGGCACUCUUCUACAGGUUUUCUUUGGCAUUUUAGUAGGAGCUUUAAAUCUUGGCCAAGUGUCUCCCUGCCUGGAAGCCUUUGCCACUGGCCGUGGAGCUGCAACAAACAUCUUUGAGACAAUAGAUGAAAAACCCACCAUUGACUGCAUGUCAGAAGAUGGCUACAGGCUGGAUAAAGUGCAUGGAGAAAUUGAAUUUCAUAAUGUAACAUUUUAUUACCCCUCCAGACCAGAUGUAAAGAUUUUGGAAAACCUUAAUAUGGUUAUUAAAGCAGGGGAGACAACAGCUUUUGUUGGAGCUAGUGGAGCUGGAAAGAGUACAGCAAUACAGCUCAUCCAGCGUUUCUAUGAUCCCAGUGAAGGCAUGAUUACCCUGGAUGGUCAUGACAUUCGUUCCCUUAACAUCCAGUGGCUACGCUCCCAGAUUGGUAUUGUUGAGCAAGAGCCAGUUCUGUUUGCUACCACAAUUGCAGAAAAUAUUCGCUAUGGUCGGGAUGAGGCUACCAUGGAAGAAAUAAUCAAAGCAGCUAAAGAGGCCAAUGCUUACAACUUUAUCAUGGACUUGCCGCAGCAAUUUGACACUCAUGUUGGAGAGGGAGGAAGCCAAAUGAGUGGAGGUCAAAAGCAGAGGAUAGCUAUUGCUCGAGCUCUUGUGCGAAACCCUAAAAUCCUGCUACUGGAUAUGGCUACCUCAGCACUUGAUAAUGAAAGUGAAGCUACUGUUCAAGAAGCACUUAAUAAGGUUCACCUUGGCCGCACGACGAUCUCGAUAGCUCACCGCCUGUCCACCAUCAAAGCAGCUGAUGUGAUCGUUGGGUUUGAGCAUGGAAGGGCUGUGGAGAAAGGAACUCAUGAGGAACUCCUGCAGAGGAAAGGGGUUUAUUUCAUGCUGGUGACCUUACAGAGCAAAGGAGACAAGGCACUUACUGGAGCAUCAGGGCCAACAGCAGAAAAUAAUUUACUUGAGCCAAGCCUUGAGAAAGUCCAGUCAUUUAGCAGAGGAAGCUAUCGGGCCAGCUUGCGAGCUUCACUUCGGCAGCGCUCCAGAUCACAGCUUGCUAAUGUGGUCCCUGACCCUCCACUGUCCAUUGCAGGAGACCAUUCAGAGUCUGUGUAUCUUACGUCUUCUUAUGGAGAAGAUGAUGGACCAGCAGAAAAGGAAUCUGUUGCUAUGGCUGAAGAUGAUGUGAAGCCUGUGUCAUUUCUCAGGAUUUUGAAAUACAAUGCUUCAGAAUGGCCAUACAUGGUGCUUGGAUCUCUGGGAGCAGCUAUGAAUGGAGCACUCAGUCCACUCUAUGCUUUGUUGUUCAGUCAGAUUCUUGGGACCUUUUCCAUCGAUGAAGAGGAACAAAGAAGACAGAUCAACGGUGUCUGCUUGCUCUUUCUCAUUGUUGGGCUUGUAUCAUUUCUAACACAAUUUGCACAGGGAUACACUUUCGCCAAGUCUGGUGAGCUGCUUACGAGACGGCUAAGGAAAAUUGGCUUCCAGGCUAUGCUAGGACAAGAGAUUGGUUGGUUUGAUGACCAGAGAAACAGCCCUGGUGCUUUGACUACAAGACUUGCAACAGAUGCAUCACAAGUUCAAGGGGCAACUGGAUCCCAGAUAGGAAUGAUUGUCAAUUCCUUUGCCAAUGUUGGAGUGGCCAUCAUCAUUGCUUUCUACUUCAGCUGGAAGUUGAGUUUAGUUAUAAUGUGUUUCCUACCAUUUUUGGCAUUAUCUGGAGCUAUACAGGCCAGAAUGCUGACAGGAUUUGCCUCUCAGGACAAGAAGGCUCUGGAAGCUACUGGACGGAUUUCCAGUGAAGCCCUCGCUAACAUCAGGACUGUGGCUGGGAUAGGAAAGGAGAAGAUGUUUAUUGAUAGUUAUGAGAAGCACCUGGAAAUACCCUAUAGAGCUGCAAUCAAAAAAGCGAAUGUUUAUGGGCUCUGCUUUGGCUUUGCCCAGUGUAUCGUGUUCAUAGCCAAUUCGGUCUCUUACCGAUACGGAGGGUUCCUGGUGGACGCUGAAGGGCUCCACUACAGCUCUGUGUUCAGGGUCAUCUCUGCGAUUGUGACCAGUGGAACUGCCCUGGGAAGAGCUUCUUCCUAUACUCCAAAUUAUGCCAAAGCCAAAACAUCUGCUGCCCGUUUUUUUCAGUUGGUUGAUCGGAUUCCUAAAAUCAGUGUGUACAGCGAUAAAGGAGAAAAAUGGGACGAUUUCAAAGGCAGCAUUGAAUUCCGUAACUGUAAAUUCACAUACCCGUCUCGGCCUGAUACUCAGGUGCUGAAGGGCCUCUCCAUAGCUGUGCAGCCCGGGCAGACCCUGGCGUUCGUUGGCAGCAGUGGCUGUGGGAAGAGCACCAGCGUGCAGCUCCUGGAGCGCUUCUACGACCCCGAGCACGGCGCCGUGUUAAUAGAUGGACACGACACCAAGAAAGUAAACGUUGAAUUUCUUAGAUCAAAAAUUGGAGUAGUGUCCCAGGAGCCCGUGUUAUUUGACUGUAGCAUUGCUGAUAAUAUUAAAUAUGGCAGUACCACCAAAGAGCCGACGAUGGAGCAGGUCGUGGAGGCAGCCCGGAAGGCGCAGCUGCACGACUUCGUCAUGGCACUGCCGCAGAAAUACGAAACUAUGGUUGGGGCUCAGGGCUCCCAGCUGUCCCGUGGGCAGAAGCAACGCAUUGCUAUAGCAAGGGCCAUCAUACGCGAUCCUAAAAUUUUAUUACUGGAUGAAGCUACAUCUGCCUUAGACACAGAAAGUGAAAAGACAGUGCAGGCAGCGCUGGACAAGGCCAGGGAAGGGCGAACCUGCAUCGUCAUUGCCCACCGCCUGUCCACCAUCCAGAACUCCAACGUCAUCGCUGUCAUGUCGCAAGGCAUCAUCGUUGAACAGGGCACUCAUGAUGAACUAAUGGCCAAGGAAGGAGCUUAUUACAAGCUUGUCACCACCGGAGCCCCAAUUAGCUGAAUUACUGCAAUGCUAA